ACGGGUCUUCCUCUAUGUCGUGUUGUCCCAUAGAUCCCACGUAGCUCAUCUGGGACUUAGUGACCACAUGACCGCGCCUGGCGCGUCUGUCAUUUCGUUCAGCGCAUUGUUUUGUUCCGUUCGCAAUUCGUGUCCCCCCAUAUGGGAAACGAUCCCCUCUAUAAUUGUGUUAUAAUUUUUCGUAGCUUUUUUUCACUGUUUUUCCUGUGUUGUAUUUGAUAGGUUGUUUCUUGUUCAAUGAGUAAAUUCCGUUCAUAGUUUUAUUAUAACCCGUCAGCGACUAUGGCGCAGGACAUUAGCAGUACACCUGCCGAGGAGCGACCCGGAGGAGGCGUGGAGGGAGAUUUAGACAUGGACUCAGUCUCCGUUAGUCCGUCGGACAGUGAAUUUGACGACGCGUUGGAGAUCAACCCGUUCGACGGAUUGCCCUACUCCUCGAGGUUUUACACGUUGCUCAAGGAGAGGACGGAUCUGCCGGUUUGGAAAGCUAAGAGUUACUUCAUGGACUGCUUAUCCAGCAACCAGUUUGUCAUAGUGAGUGGGUCUGCCAAGACCGGUAGAAGUUCUCAAAUACCCCAGUGGUGUACAGAGCUGAGCCUGGCGGAGCGUUACGAUCGCGGUAUGGUGGUGUGUACUGAGACUAGCGGCCAGCAGGCGGUGGACUUGGCCCUUAGAGUGGCCGACGAGAUGGACGUCAACAUUGGCCAUGAGGUGGGCUACAGCGUACCCCAGGAGACAUGCUGCUCUGGGGACACCGUGCUCAGGUUCUGUACAGACAGCAUGCUACUGAGGGAGAUGAAGGCGGACCCCCAGCUGAGGCGCUACGGUGUGGUGGUGGUGGACCAGGCCCACCAGAGGACCCUGGCCACCGACCUGCUCUUGGGCCUGCUCAGGGACGUGGGCAGGCGGAGGCCGGAGCUCCGGACGGUGCUCCUCACCUCCAGCCACCCUGGACCCAGGCUGCUGGCCCACUACCACGCUGGCUCCGCCCCCAGCUCAGUGGUGGGGCCGCACAUCCAGCUGGAGAGCCCCGCUGGGGGGGAGGUGGUGUUCAGUGGAGGUGCUGGUGGAGGCGGCGGUGGUGGUGGUGGUGGUGGUGGUGAUUGUGGUGACGGUGUUGGAGGAGGGGUUGGUGGUGGAGGAGGUGGAGUUACUGGUGUUGGUAGUGGUGGGGAUGUUUGUGGUAGAUGUGCUGGUGGAGGUCAUGAUGGAGGUGUGGUCGGUGGUGCUGAGGGUGGCGGUGACGGUGGUGAUGGUGACGGUGGUGGGGGAGAGGGUGGUGGAGAUGGAGGUACCGGUGGUGGCGGUGUUUAUGCUAGAUGUGCGGGUGGAGGUCCUGAUGGAGGUGGUGUCUGUAGUGCAGAGGGUGGUGGUGACGGUGGUGGGGGAGAGGGUGGUGGUGGUGGAGAUGGAGGCACUGGUGGUGGCGGUGUUUGCCGUAGGUGUGCUGGUGGAGGUCCUGAUGGAGGUGGUGUCGCUGGUGCAGGGGGUGGCGGUGGAAUGGGUGGAGGUAGUAUUGGUCGUGGAGGUAGCAUUGGGGCUGAUGGAGCUGCGGUCGAUGGUUCUGGGGGCGGUGGUGGAAGAAGCGGCGGUGAAGAUUACUUCUGCUCCUCUGUGCGUCUGGUUCUGGAGAUCCACCACUCCAAAGAGCAGGGCGAUGUGGUCGUGUUCCUGGUCACUGCACAGGAGCUGGAUCUGGCAUGUGACCUGCUCUGGCAGGAAGGCUCCAGUCUGCCUCCCGCACUGGGCCAGCUCUGCCCCACCCCGGUGCACCCUGGGCGGGCAGGGAGUCUACCCAGCCAGCCUGCCUCUGGAGGCCGACGGGUGUUCCUCACCUCCAGCCCCAGCGAGGACUUCUUCUGGGCUGUGGGCUCCAUAAAGUUUGUCAUCGAUGCUGGGCUCGGGGAGAGAUACGUGUACAUCCCCCGGAUCAGGACAUACUCUGCCAUCGUUCAGCCAAUCAGCAGGGGGGAAGCAGUCAGUCGCAGACAACUCACUGGCCCAACAGGCAAGUGCUUCUGUCUAUACCCCGAGGACCGGCUAUUGCCCGACGAGACACACCCACAUAUCCUGGAGUGUGACAUUACUUCCUCCGUGCUGUUCCUCAAGAGGAUGGAGCUCAGUGGCGUGGGCCCAUGUGACUUCAUCGACCGACCAGAGCCGGAGGGCCUGAUGCAGGCUCUGGAGGAGCUGGACUACCUGGCGGCGCUGGACGAUGACGGAAACCUGUCUGAGAUGGGCAUCAUCAUGUCUGAGUUCCCGCUGGACCCCCAGAUGGCCAAGACCCUCCUUGCCUCCUGCGAGUUCGACUGCGUGGACGAGGUGGUCACCAUCGCUGCCAUGCUCACAGCACCCAGCUGUUUCCGGGCUCCCUCGGUGGGCCUGAGAGCAGAUCCGUCCUGCCGGAGCCUCAUGAAGUUCCAGCACCCGGCGGGAGACCACUUCACCCUCAUCAACGUCUUCAAAGCCUUCCAGCAGAGCCGGCAGGACCCCUACUGCAGGGUAGAGGAGUGGUGUGAGGCCAACCACCUGAGCCUCUCUGCCCUGCGUAGCGCCGACCGCCUCCGGGACGAGCUCAUCCACAUCCUGAGGAGGACGGAGCUUCCCAUCUCCACGGCAACCUUCGGAUGUCGCAGCAACACCCUGAACAUCAAGAGAGCCCUGCUGGCCGGCUUCUUCAUGCAGGUGGCCCAGGAGACGGACGGCUCGGGGAACUACUUGAUCCUGACCAAUAAACACGUGGCCCAGAUACACCCCCUGUCGGGAUACGGAGCCAGGACCCCCAAGCUGGGGCUGCCGCAGUGGGUCCUGUUCCACCACUUCUCCUUCUGGGAGGACAACUGUCUGAGGACCGUCACACGCAUCGCUCCGGAAGAGUUUAUCGAGAUGGCGCCUCAGUACUUCUUCUACAACCUUCCACUAAGUGGGAGCAAGGAGUUUCUCCAAGACCUUCUGAACCACGGUUCUCCUCAUUCUCCAGGGAGGGAAACUGCUCCGUUGGAAGAGGAGCAGCAGGCGGACACGCGCUGUGUCGUCCAGUGACUUGUAUCCCCCGCAUAUCCGGAGCACACUUGAGGAACAUCCGAGGUCUGCCUCAACACAAUCAACUUUUAAAUCAGGGCUCAAAACGUUUCUACUUGCCACAGCUUUUUAUGUAAAUGUAGGUCCGACCUGGUUAACUUUUUACCAUUUACAUUUUUUUAAUAUUUUCUUCUAAAUUAAAAAGUAUUUUAUUGAUUGUCCUUUUUAACUUUAGUAGACAUGGGAUCCCUGCCUAUGUUAUUAAGCACUGACCAAUGUGUUUGAAGGGUGCUUUAGAAAUAUACUUGGCUACAUUACUGCUUUGGACACAUCUUAUGUGGAUUUUACAUCAGAGCAAUAAGGUUAUCCCUUAGCUCUGCUGUACAUCUCUAUGUAUUUCAAAUAAAUCAGUGUCAUUGCAUUACAUUAUGGUAAAAUUGUUGCAAUGAGCAGCUUAAUCACAUUCAUGUCAUAAAAUUCUCAGUUAUUGUUUCAUCUUAUAUUUUUUAAGAGAGGGAUCCUUUAUUCAGCAUUUGCACUUUACAAUAAAAACCUAAUUGAUCUUGGCUAAAUUCUGAUUCGUCAUACUAUUUUUUUCAGAUGCCCUCUUAACAACUUAACCCUCUCUCUCCGUAAUUCAUCAUUAUCUUACCAACUUAAGCUGAAGAUAUUAAUAUCAU